GAGAUAGAUAGAUAGAAGAAAUCUCUCAAUUAAUUGCUAGCUGUUGAGGACUGACUGAUCAGACCUAGAAUAGAAUAGAAUGAAUCUCUCCCCACACUAAAAAUGUACGCCCUAUAUUAUUUCGCCUUCCUCUUCUUCUUCUUCUUCAACCACUCUCAAUCAGAAUUGCUAUCCCAACCGGCUCAACCGGGCGGCGAUGACACCAGUACCUCCAACACCGUCCCGUCUUUCCCUGCAGUCCAGACGCAAGGACAAACUGCUUGCCGCCUAGACCUCUCCGCCGAACUAUUCGGCGGCGUCAAAGACGCGUGCGGCCGGAAUCUCGAUCGGAGUCGUUGCUGCCCGGUCCUCGCCGCCUGGCUCUUCGCCGCUCACGCUCGCUCUGCUCUUCAAGUCCUUCCUCCAUCGGCUGCUGCUGCUGCUGCUCCAACAUCUUCCGAUUUACCCAUCAUGCCUGAUGACUCGCAGAAAUGCGUUGAUUCGCUGCAGACUUCUUUACAGACCCGAAAUAUCCACAUACAACAACCUAACGCUACGUGUGAUACCGCUCUUUGCUUCUGCGGGAUCCGGCUGCAUCAGAUCACAUCCCUAACUUGUCCCGCCGCUUUUAAUGUUACCGGCGGUCCAAAAGCGACACCAACAGCUGCCGUAAGAGAUCUUGAAAAGAACUGCAGGAAUUCUUCUUACGCCGGUUGCACCAACUGUCUCGGAGCUCUGCAAAAGCUGAAGGGUGGUGGGUACGGAAAUAAUGGCGACCGGCGGGCGAGCAAGAUGUUCGACAGGGAUUGCCAGCUGAUGGGGCUGACAUGGCUUCUUGCCCGGAACAAGACCGCGUACAUUCCAACUGUGUCGGCCGUUUUGAGGGCCUUGAUGUAUAGUGCGCACCCUCCCCAUGAAUCAAAGUGCAGUCCAGAUCAAGAAAACAUGCCACUCGCCGUAAACUCCUUGCAGUUCGAUAAGGCUGGUUCAUUGUCAUCUUCUUCAUCAAUGUUUUUGUUUCCCCUUUUGAUCCUGACGACGACGACAAUAUUUGGAUUAUUUCUAUAAUGAACCAAUACACGCACGCACGCACAGGUAGCUAAUUAAAGCUAGGGAUAAAGACAGACAUGUUUUUCAUUCUAAUUAUAAAUUCCCUUGUCGAAUAUCAAUCAGGAUUUCUUUUAAAAUCUAUAAUUUUAUGUAAUUUGAAUCAUCAUCAUCAUCUUUAUGAAUAUUUUAACUUAUUUGUGUAAGUAGAAACAAGUUUGAUUAUUGUAUUGUAUUGUAUUAGAGAAUAUUGUUGAUUUUUUUAUUUUAAAGGAAAAAAGACAACAAAAAUUCACAUGUU